UAUCAUGUCCUCCGAAGAAAACAACAACAACAAUAUUGCUGAACAAGAACUUGCUCGUCUUGACAAAUUUGUAAAGGCUGAACCAGGUAGUGAAUACACCAUUGAUCAAAAGGAGCAAGAGCUUUGUCGUAAUUUUCCCGGUGGACAAAGCGAGUGUAUUAGACUUCGCUUGGAAUAUACCCAAAUGUUCACUAAAAUGCAGGAAUUGGGCUUUUUCUGUCAAUUACCUAUGGAUCCCACAAAGACUUAUAUGGAGUGUAGAAGAGUGUAGACAUUAUUUGCGCGUUUUGUAUAUUAUGAUUAAAAAAAAUAGCAAUUCUUAAACAAUGUGAGGUUAGUACAGGGUUUUCUUUUUGACUUUCGAUCGCGUUCUGUCAUUAUUUAU